GGGGCGGGCGAGAGGAGCGUGCGGCAGGCGGGCUGCGGAGGCGCUCGUUUGCGAGCGAGUGAUGCACCUUGAGCCUCGCGGGCCGCCAUCCCGGAAGUGGGCGAUGAGAGUAUUCCAGUCCUUUGAGAUUCCGGGUGCUGGUUCUUAAGACCUUCUGAGGUGUGUUUUAACCUCCUGGAGGAGCCAGGAGACUUGAGUCACCUCAUCCGGAAGAGUGAGCAUCUCCGGUGAGCUCGGGCGGCUCAGGGAGAACUCCUACGUUGCCUGGUAGAGUCAUCCAGAAGGCGGAGUCUACUCUGGCUGGAUGGCGACCUUAGUUUCUGUACUGCCCUGAUACUUCGGUAGCUUAACCAUGGCCCUGCGGGCAGUGUGGCUCAUUCGUCACGAACCUGGAACUUCACUUGGUGGCACCGUCAGAUUCUCCAGACGCUAUCCAACUGUUGAAAAGCGAGCCAAAAUCUUCAAUGGAAUGAAUUAUGUUCCUGUACCUGAAGAUGGUCCCUUUCUUAAAGCAUUACUCUUUCAACUUAGAUUAUUGGAUGAUGAUAAGGACUUCGUGGAGAGGCGUGAUGGCUGUUCACAUAUCAAUAAGACAUCCAUCUAUGGGCUUUCAGUAGGAGGUGAAGAGCUCUGGCCAGUCAUUGCUUUCCUGAAGAAUGACAUGAUAUAUGCAAGUGUUCCAUUAGUUGAACAAGCUCUGUCCCCUCGCCCACCUUUAAUUAGUAUCUGUGGGGUUUCACAAGGCUUGGAACUGCUUUUGGGGGUACAGGAUUUUCUUUACUCCAGUCAGAAAAAUGACACUGACCUAAACACAAAAUUAAGUCAGUUGCCUGACUUGCUUCUACAAGCUUGUCCUUUGGGUACUUUAUUGGAUGCUAACUUGCAGAAUUCACUGAAUAGCAUUAAUUUUGUAUCUGUGACUCAGCCGCAAAAACAGCCAGCCUGGAAAGUUGGAACAUACAAAGGGAAAGCACAGAUUUCUAUUUCUAUCACUGAAAAAGUAAAAUGCAUGCAGUAUGGUAAACAGGAUACAGCAGACACAUGGCAAGUUGUUGGAACAGUCACUUGCAAGUGUGAUUUGGAAGGAGUCAUGCCAAAUGUUACCAUCAGCUUGAAUCUCCCCACCAAUGGGUCUCCACUUCAAGAUAUUAUUGUUCAUCCUUGUGUGACUUCUCUGGAUUCUGCCAUUCUGACCUCUAGUAGCAUUGAUACAAUGGACGAUUCUGCAUUUAGUGGGCCAUAUAAAUUUCCGUUCACUCCCCCUUUAGAGUCGUUCAACUUAUGCCACUACACUUCUCAGGUUCCUGUCCCACCAAUAUUGGGUGCUUACCACAUGAGUGAAGAAGGAGCACAACUAAACAUAACAGCUCAUUUAAAACUACAUGAAAGUGUGAGAAAUAGUUUUGAAAUCUGUGAAGCUCACAUUCCCUUUUACAACAGAGGUCCAAUUACCCAUCUGGAAUAUAAAGCUAGUUUUGGUCAACUUGAAGUAUUUCGAGAAAAAAGCUUAUUGGUCUGGAUUAUUGGCCAGAAAUUCCCCAAAUCAAUGGAAAUUAGUCUUUCAGGAACUGUAACUUUUGGAGCUAAGAGCCAUAACAAGCAACCGUUUGAUCACAUUUGUAUUGGAAAUACAGCACAUAUAAAGCUUAAUUUUAGGAUUGCAGAUUAUACACUCACUGGAUGUUAUGCAGAUCAGCAUUCAGUUCAAGUUUUUGCAUCAGGAAAACCAAAAAUAAGUGCAUAUCGGAAACUCAUUUCUUCUGAUUAUUACAUCUGGAAUUCUAAAGCACCUGCUCCAGUAACAUAUGCAUCAUUGUUACCAUGAUUUUUUUUAUAUUCAAAAGGAUUCAUAUGAUGGCUAAAUUCUGUAGUAGAAUCGUAGUAUUUUAAUUUUUUACAUGUAUUCACAUAACUUGUGACUAAAAACUUACUUAUUUCUUUAUGAAUACAUUCAUAUCUUACAUUUUUAGUCCGAUACAGUAUGAAAGAAUAUUUAUAAGGCUAACGUCUCUUUUUUUUUUUUUUUUUUUUUUUUUUUUUUUUUUUUU